UUUGUUGGGCUGUUUUGGCAUCUCGUCGUGGCGUUACUCUCCGCACAAAAAGCCUUCGCCUCUGCGAUCCGAUCCGAUCUCGGUCGACUCUCAUCGCUAUUCCAGCGCUCAGAACUCCUCCGUCGCUCGUGGCGACCACAGACAGACAGCUGCACGUCUUCUGGGUCCGAGUCCAAAGCUUGUCUCCGUCUCUCCUCUCCUCUCUCUUUCUCUCUCUUUCUCUCUCUUUCUCUCUCUUUCUCUCUCCUUCGCUCUGACCGGGUCCCUCUCUGCGCUUUAGUAGCUUCAGAUUUAUGAUCGACUUUCCGUCAUUUAUAUCAAAGACGUUGUUUCGCAUCACCCAGAGCUAGUUGUGCUUUUUUUUUUUUUUUUUAAUUGUUGCCGUAUAUAUAUCGCACUUUUUCAGAUUUAUUUUUUUGGACACAUCUUUUGGCACUUUGUUUUCUAGUGACGUCUCUCUCUCUCUCUCUCUUUCCCCCCUCUCUCUUUUUCUCUCUCUUCCCCUCAUCUUCCCUUUUUGGCGUUCUUUCUUCUACACCCCCCCCCCCCGCACUUGUGUGUUUGUGUGUGUGUGUGUUGCGUCUCAUCGUUUUUAAUCUUGUUCUAUGGAGCAGAGACUCAGUCCACGUCUUUAGAUGAGAUUUACGGAUCGCUCAAGUUACGAGCCAAGGUUCUAGAUCACGGAACCCAUAGCUAGAGACGGAGCCAGCGCACUAGAACCUAGACCUGCAUGUCCCACAGAGUAAGGAGAACCUCGGUAUCUCUGAGAGAGGAGAGAACCUAGAUCUGCACACCACUUAGAUCCAGGAGGGAGAACCUGCAUCCUAACGCCUGUUAGAACCAGGAGAACUUAGAUCCGUGCGUAUCUUAGAACCCGAGGAAGCGUUUCUCUACGCCUUUGCUGUCUUCUCCUUUCUUCUUGGCGGAGGAAUAGAAUGCAAUUGCACCAUGGAUGAGUUCCACCCGUUCAUCGAGGCGCUGCUGCCGUACGUGCGCGCCUUCUCCUACACCUGGUUCAACCUGCAGGCGCGCAAGCGCCGCUACUUCAAGAAGCACGAGAAGCGCAUGUCCAAGGACGAGGAGCGCGCCGUCAAGGACGAGCUGCUCGCCGAGAAGCCCGAGGUCAAGCAGAAGUGGGCCUCGCGCCUCCUCGCCAAGCUCCGCAAGGACAUCCGGCCCGAGUGCCGCGAGGACUUCGUGCUGACCGUCACGGGCAAGAAGGCGCCGUGCUGCGUGCUGUCCAACCCCGACCAGAAGGGCAAGGUGCGGCGCAUCGACUGCCUGCGCCAGGCGGACAAGGUGUGGCGGCUGGACCUGGUGAUGGUCAUCCUGUUCCGCGGGAGCCCGCUGGAGAGCACGGACGGCGAGCGGCUGCACAAGUCGCCGCUCUGCUCCAAUCACACGCUCUGCGUGCAGCCGCAUCACAUCGGCGUCAACGUCAAGGAGCUGGACCUCUACCUGGCCUACUUCAUCCACUCACCUGAUUCUGGACAAUCAGAUGACUCCAGUCAACAGGGUGAUACAGAUGUCAAACCUCCCUCUAAUGGUCACUUGCGUUUCCAGGACUACUUUGUGACGUCAGGGGUGUGGAGUGCGGCUGAGAUUGUCCGUGUCUCACAGACUCCAGUGGCUUCUGCGUCUGGUCCAAACUUCUCUCUGGCGGACCUGGAGAGUCCCGGCUACUACAACAUCAACCAGGUGGCCUUGAGCCGACGCGCGCUCUCCUCCACACCUUCCUCCAGGUCAGAGGUGGAGUUAUAUGCAAGUCUUCCAAGAAGAUCUCCUGCAGCCACCAGCACACACACCGGUGGCUGGCCGAACGAUGUGGAUGCAGUGCAGCACCAUUUGGCCAGCGUUCACGAGAGGAAGAUCAAACAUGAGAACGACAGUGUGCAGUUUCCCUACCAUGAUAUGGACACGCCCACUUCUUUAAAGAAGGCGGGGAAGUUUGAUUUCUCUGCCCUGCCCUUCUCCGCCCAGGGCCGGCCCUCCCGCACCUCCUUUACCCAUCAUCCUUUGCCAAUGUUGGCGGGAGUCAGACCAGGGAGUCCGCGGGCGUCUGCGUCUGCGCUGCCCUUUGCGUCCCCGUCUCUGCUGCAGCAGCCCAACCCCUACUUCCCCCACCCCAGCAUCCGCUACCACCCCCAGGACCCGCUCAAGGAGUUCGUGCAGUUCGUCUGCGCCGACGGCAGCCAGGCCUCCCAGCAUACUCCCCGUCAGGGUCCUCAACUCCCAGCCGGAUUGUCGGCAUCGGAGCACGGGACAACCUUCUGAGCAUCUCACAGCAAACACAGUCCUGGUUCCUCUGACAGCGCCUGGUCACUGGAUCACUCGGACAGCAGCAACGUUCUCCUCCCUCUCAGCCUCCAGAACCAGCACUCUACAGUACCGCCUCCGUAGAACCCAUCUCCACACAGAACGCAGAGAAACCAGAACCUAGUCUGGAACCAACCCCACAGCAGAACUCCCGGGCCACAUCCCUGGAACGUUGUCAUCACCACCUCCUCCUCCUCCUCCUCCUCCUCCGCCCUUCUCGCCCCUUCUCCGAACUUUCAAAAAACAUCGGGAUCAGGAUCACCAUCGCCACCAACACCAACACCACCGUCAUCAGAAUCGCCAUCAGCAACGUCUUUAUCAUCUUUAUGAUAAUAAUCAUCAUCAUCGCCAUCAUCAUAACCACCACCAUCUUCCUCUCCAUCAUCAUCAUCAUCAUCAUCAUCAUCUCCGCCAUCCGAGGGAAAUGGCUCCACGAACACACACAGCAGGAGCGAACAGAACAGAACACUACUGGUGGGCGCCGAUCAUGUGACCAAGUCAUGUGACCGCCCCCCAUCAAGCAGGAAGCAAGAAGCAAGAAGAAGAAGAAGAAGAAGAAGAAGAAGUAGGAGAAGAAGAAGGCUAAGAAUGGCCUUCUAAAAAAAAAAGAAAAUAGUGUAAAAAAAAAAAAAAUAUCCUCAACAAAAAAAAUGACAAAAGCUGACAAAAAACGGCCCUUCUCUCUUUUUAUUAUUAUUGUUACUAUUAUUGUUGUUGUGUUUUAUAUAUCUGUUGUUCAUAUUGUAGCCAUGCAAUUAGGUGAUAGGACUCCUCUGUGCCCGCAAGUUGUUUCCCACCAAUCAAAACCAGCUCACCAGGGUUCUAGGCCCACCCACCAGCCAGAGUUAUGCACCCCAUUGGUUAAGCCCAGAUACCACUGCCAUCUGAUUCGUUAAGCUCCUGUGACAGUCCCCCUUUAGAUUGGUCAGUCAUGAUGACACUCCUUCGUUACUCACGAGUCACUCUUUGGCUUCCCAUAGGCGUUGUUUACUAAGCAGGCUUGAUUUACCUGCGCAAUUCCACAUUUUCAAAACAUUUUUGGAUUUCAACACUAAUUGUUGACAAUAAUUCAACACACGGGUUAAUAACCCCCAUAAACUUUCUAUUCAGCUUCCCUGGCCUUUACCCCUGAUCAACACGGGUUGAUAACUCUAUUGACUUCCUAUUCAGCUUCCCUGGCCUUUAGCCCUGAUCAACACGGGUUGAUAACUCUAUUGACUUUCUAUUCAGCUUCCCUGGCUCUGAACAGAUCAUCACUGUGUUCUAGUCGUCUAGUCCGAGUCAACACUAAAAGAAGUGUAACACUAUCAGAAUCAUGUGCAAUCUGAACUCUCCUGCUACCCGAACUGACAAAGAACACAGCUGAUGGAGGGAGAGAGAGAGAGAGAGAUAGAUAGAGAGAGAGAAUGGUGGAUGGAGAGGUAAUCCUCUAUGCAGAGGGACGUGUAAACACUCUGGUGUGGUGAUCCUAAACAGCUCAUUAUGGGAUAGAUGCAGCUCUGGUCUGGCAUGGAUACGUGUGACCGCACACACACAUGCACGCACACGCACACACACACACACAAAUCACGUAGCGACUUGUCACAGUCAGUGUUCGAUGAAUGGCCCAGUCAACAGACAGGGACGCUUAACCUAUGGAAUCUGUGUCAGAUCGUGACCGCCAUUAGAUAUACAAUAGGACAAAGGAGGGCUACAGUAUGUGAAGGUCUUUACUUUGUAUUGAGUCUCUCUCUCUCUCUCACUCACUCUAUCUCUCUCUCUUUUUCUCUCUGUAGUUUUUGUAAAAGAAAAAAUUCAAGUGUUAACGACGAGGAAGAACAAAUGGCAGGGUGCGGAACCAUGUAGAACCCCGCCCGGACGGCACUCACACAGGGGCUCACGCACACUCUGGGGAACCGGGUCGAGUUCUGAUCCGGCACGGGUUCUGUCUCAGGAUCUGGCCCUACUGUUGCCAUACACCAUAAAGUACAAUUCCAUAAAGUUAACCGGAGUCAAAUUCCUUGUUGGUUUACGCAAACCUGGCCAAUGAAGCGGAUUCUGAUUCUGAUAUAGCAUGGCCGUAAUAUGACCUGGCUCUAAUCUGGAUUGUAAUCUGGAUCUAUCUAUGGCUGAUCUGGCCCUAAUAUGACUCCAACAUGGCCCUAACAUGGCCCUGAUAUGACUUCAAAAUGGCCCUGAUUCCUGAGGAGUAUAGCCUACUAAGGAGCAAGGUUACUGGCUUCGUACAGUUAACUUUGUGAGUAACUUCAUAUCUCCAAAAUAAUGCUUCACUGCAUAUAGUUGCUUCAGUGGGAACAAGUUACCUGGGCCAACCAAUCGCCUUGCUUCGUAAUAUACCCCUCGGAGCUCUGAUCUGGUUCUGAUUCAGUUCUGAUUCAGUUCUGAUUCAGUUCUGAUCCAGUUCUACCAACCCACCCCAGAGUUGGACCUCCUGUUGGAAGCAGAUUGAGCAUCAAUGUGAGGUAGUCUCAGAACCUUUUUUUUUUUUUUUUUCAAUCUGAGAAUUGUAAUCUUAUCGAGAAUUGAAAUCCUAUAAUUUCCUUUUUGAUUUUGUUUAUUAUUAUUAUUAUUAUUCUUUUUUAAAAUCCUGCAAACAGUCCUUCCGCUCCAGGACUCUAAACUGAAAGGGGUGACUGGUUCGAUUCCAGUCUUUGUAUGUUUGAGGUGAAAAACAAAACAAACAAACAAACAAAAAAGUAUUUGUUUAUAUUUGUUGACUUUUUUUCCUACUUGUUUGGAGUCUAUGUCAUUGGCAUUUGCAGUUGUCCCCUUUUAAAGGCAUGUAGAGUUUGUACUAGCUGAAUUUUGUAAGUGUGUGUGUGACUGUGUGUGUAUGUGUGAAGGCUUAAGGAACCUAUGCAGCAAUGGGGUGUGUGUGCGUUGGGGGAGGGGGGGGGGUGGUGAGUGGAAAACAGGAUCAGAAAGUAAAAGUCCUACCACGUAUUUGUUCUACCUUUGCACUUAAUUGAAGUGAGGAACCGUUUGUGGACCUGCACCAGAGGUGCGUUCAAGUUCACCGAACUUAGGCGAACGUUUGCGAACGUUCGCAAACAGUAUUCCGUUAGCCUUGAGUUUUUGGCGAACGUUUGCUAACAAUCGCAAACAGUCUGAGGAGGUGCUGCACCGCGAACACAGUGGAACUGGACGUGAGUUUGACGAACGCAACAAUGCAAUUACUGGUAGAAUGGAAGGUUAACACCAAAUUGUUCAAAUUUAACAGUUCAAAGAAAACAUGUUCACCUCGAACGUUCGCCUAUAUUUGCGAAUUUGAACGCACCUCAGCAGCCUGAGGAGGGAGUUCUCUCUGUGAUGUCAUAGAUGGACACUAGACUGUCUGUGUUUACAGCAGUCUGAAGAGGCGGCUCUCUCUGUGAUGUCAUAGAUGGACGCUAGACUGUCUGUGUUUACAGCAGUCUGAAGAGGCGGUUCUCUCUGUGAUGUCAUAGAUGAACAGCUGCAGAGACUGUCUGUGUAUUCCACAAAGAACGUUAAAAUUCAGAAGUUCAAAAGAAACAUGUUUAAAUCUCUGUUGAAUUCCAACACCCCUCGGGCGGUUGCACUGUAGAAGCUCGUCUGCCUGGCUGAAGAGUUGUUGGACUGAUUAGAACCGGCCUGUUUAGCCAGCGGAUGAAACCAAUAGCCUACACAGACUGUAACGGGGGGAGCUUUACCAGGCGUGUAACUGAAGCGCUACGUUCACGUUGUUGUGUCUGCUGCAACAGUUGGCUUCCUUCCAUAAUCAAUGGAUAUAGUUACACCAGAUGUGAUGAUAGCGGCGUGUAGCCUACAUUUGAGUGAGAAAAAAAAAAAAGAAAAAGAUCAGUCGUCUAAAAUUAUUUUUUUUUACACGUUGCGGACGGAACGCUUCAGUUACGCGCCUGGAGUAGAUUUCCUGUGAGUCUAUAGAACUUUUACUUUCUGAAGCCAGGGUUUCCCCACAUUUCCAGGGGGGGCAGUGGGUGGGGUUGAAGGGUAUUGUGCACGGGACGGGAGGGGGCACACACUGCUUGUGAUGGAAUAUGACACUGGGGUGGGGUAUGGGACCCCCCCCACCCCACCCCACCCCACCCCUGGGAGCAGAAGAUUUUGGGCCGGCUCCGUGCCAGCUAGAACUGGACUGGAUGCGGCCCAGGGUGCUCUCUGCUCCUCCGCGGAGGGCUGGUUAGCCGUUAGCGGCUACGCGGAGCUGGAUUGGGGUUUAGUGGCUAACCUGCUUGAUUGAGUUCAGUUGCAACCUCCCCCAUCAAUAAAUGUUACUGUGAAAGAGUG